AUGUCAAAGAAUAAGCGGGAUCGGUGGGGCAUAUUAGCUCUUAUUGUCAUUAACAAGGCUGGGGGUCUCAUCUACAACCGCACCUUUGGGGACGGCUUGAAUCAGCUGAAUACAAAUGACUAUCUGGUCCUAGCUGGAACUUUCCAUGGAGUCCACGCGAUUACCACCCGUUUGAAUCCACUCAAACAACAACAACAACAACAGGGUGCUUCAAAUGCCUCAGACAGCAUACCCAAUCGUCCUGACCCGCCAUCUGGUCUUGAGGUACUCGAGUCUGAAAACUUCCGGUUACAGUGUUUCAAUACCUUGACUGGCACCAAGUUCCUCCUCUUCACCGACACGCUCCAGGCUAAUGUGGAUGUUGCCAUGCGCAAAGUCUAUGAUCUGUAUGCCGACUAUGUCACCAAGAAUCCCUUCUACUCGCUUGAGAUGCCUAUACGCUGCGACACCUUUGAUAGAAAGCUGAAUUCCUACAUCAGGGAAAUUAAUACUUCUCGGUGA